AUGGUAUUAACUGUAGCCAUUUUGAAAAGCUCAUUGGAGCUCACAGUCAGUGUCAAAGCCUCUACUGGACUCUCUCCUUUCAGAGUCACCCACAGCGGUGCGAUCGACACUCUUCCAUCCGUCAAGCUCACACAAAAUUGCGACCUCCCGGAGCGAUCGCAACGAAAGCCAGAGAAAAGGUUAGAUCUUCCCUUGCCUUUGAACAAUAGCUCAAUUGAAGGCAUGGCAUCCGAACAGACGGUGCUCAACGUUUUAGGCCGUGCUUUUUGGGAUCCGACACCGACCGGCACGGAUUUGCGAGCCCGGCAACUCGCAGCGGCCAUGGGCUAUCCCACAACAUGGCGCGUUGUACGCACCGUGGAUACCAUCCAGGGUCGAUCGAUGAUUGCAGAUCGGAUUUAUGCCGGGAAACCGGACACGGACUGUGACGCCUGGUUUCACCACGAAGCUGCCAUGAAAGUAGCCGCCGCGUGGAACGACGAAUCGAGCACCGCCUUCAGCAACGCCGGAGGACAUUUGCUGCCGCGAGAGCCACUCUUUGAUAAACACGACAAAGUUCAAGUCAUGUACGAAGGGGAAUGGUGGGAUGCCAAGGUCUUGCGACGAAAGACUCACAAUGAAGGCUUUCGUUACCAAGUACAGUAUGUCCAAGAUCAUUCGAAGCAGACGGGAGUUGACGAACGCCUCAUUCGACCAAGGCAAGAUCUGAAUCACGAUGCAUUUGCACUUGCCAAACAACAAGGGUUUGGGGAAGGUUGGCAAGCAACUGCACAUGGUAAGCGCUGGAAAGUCAUCGCUCCGGACGGGACGGUCUAUACGAGCAAAAAAGCGGCCCUGGAAGCUUUUCACGAGGUGGAUGCGACACCAGCAGUCGAAGAAGGCGACCCUCCGUGGCGUACCACGCAACACGAAUACUUGGGGCGAUCUAUACUGUGGACUACAACGCACAAUAUUUCGGCUCGCCGGAACAUAAGUGUGGAUCAAGUUGGGAAAGUUGUGGGUUGGAUUGCCGAAACGGAUGUGGACAAGGCUGGACUACCUGGCUUUGUCUCAGAGCGCACCAAGGAGCCCGCGCGGCUCUUCCACAUCAAGUUCCCCGACGACCAUUCGCAUCCCUACGCGUCGUAUUUGGUGAGCUCCCAGGAUUUGGAAGAGCACGAGUUGGAAGGCUGUCUAAUUCCAGAGGAUGAACUGCCCCCAACGAAAAAAGCUAGGAAGCGAUAAAUGAUCACCAUUUGACGAACGAGCAAUCGUGCGGAUAUAACAACAAUAAAUGUAAAUGCCAGCUGUAACCACCUGU